AUGGAAAAUGACAAAGAAGCAUAUUCAGAAGAUGUGAGAAAGAUAAUAAUAAGGCAAAAAACAGUUUUGUCACAUUUGGAAAAAGAAAAAGAAGAAUUGAAAAUAAUGUUAGCUUGUGGAGAUAAUAAAAUAUUAAAAAAAAAAGAAGAGGGAAGGGUUCGUAUAUUACAACAACAGUUAAAAGAAUUCGACGAUGUUGGACGUAAAAUUAAAAAAGAAGGUUUGGAACUUAAAGAAUUGGGUCAAAAAGUUGAUAAAGUUGAAAAAGAAUUGAGAGAUUUUAAAAUAAAACAUAAAUUACAAGAUAAUUCGAUAGAAGAAAUUAAAAAACAAGCUAAAACUGAUGAAAAUUUAGAAACGAGAUUGAACGUUGAAACAAUUAAAUUUAAUAAAUUAAUUACCGAAAAUCAAUCGCUUCGACAAGAAAUCGAUCAUCUUCUUAUUGAAAGAGGAAAAUUUAAUUUGAUAGAAGAAGCUCUUACAAAAUUGGAAGCAUUGAAAGCAAGAGCAAAACAAGAUUUGAUAUUACACAGUCAAGAAAUGAGAGAAUUAAAAAGAAAAUUAGAUAAUGAAACUAAAAUACAUGAUUUUGUUGGAGCAAAAGGCGCGAAAAGAAUUAAUGAACGCGAAACAAAAGAACUUCAUUUACAAGAAUAUAAAAAAAUAUUAGAUGAUAUUAAAAUGUAUUUUCAAGAAUCUGAUGUUGAAAGAGUUAUUUCAUCUUAUUUAAAAAUAGAAGAAGAUAAUCUUAAUCUUUUCCGUUUUAUAAAUGAAUUGAAUACUCAAGUUGGAGUAUUGAGAGAACAAUUAUGUGAAACAAGGGAACAAAUAGAAAAUCAAAGAGAAAAAAAUUUGCAGACGGAAAAGGAACAAGUUGAUGUUCUUAUUAAUUUACAUGAUAAAUUAAUUGUUUGCGUUCAAGAAGCUGAUGAAGCUGAUGAAAAAUUUGCUACAUGUAAAACAAUUAUUGAUCAACUUUUAGAUGGUUUAAAUACAGUUUAUAAAUUUAUACAAUGUGAUCCAUCACCAAUCAUGUCACUCUUGGGUUCGAACACAUCAGCAAACAUUUACAAUUUUGAUUUGUUUCUUAACAUAUUGGAAAAACGUGUAAUUGCAAUUGUUAAUCUUGCUUGGUAUUUAUCAUAUUCAAAAGUUGCUGUUAAAGCAGCCAAAAGAUACCCGGGACAAGUGAGUUAUUUGAGAGAACCGGUAAUGAGAGAAAUAGUACCUGUCAUACCUAACCCUAUAGAUGCAAAUAAAUAUAUAUCUUCUCAACCGUGUCCUCUGUGUACACAAAAAGAUGACAUAUCUGAAGUUGAUGAAACGAUUGCUACCCCAAUGGAAAAGAACGAAUUGAUUGAUUUAGUAAAAGAAGUUCUUUUUAGUGUCGAAUAUGAAGAUAGAAUGCAUAACGCAAUAACAAAAUUAAAUCGUUUACAAUCAUGUAAUUAUAAAUAUAGAGAAAAAAUUGAUCAUUAUUUAAAAGAAAGAACAUUUUUCAAUCAAUCAUAUCAAGAAUUAGAAUCGAAAUUUAUUACGGGUAAACAAAUAAUAUUAGAUUUAAUGGAACAAAGUACUUUAGCUUACGAUCAAAGAGAAGAAGCACAAUCAAAAUUAGAAGCAUUAAAACAAAAAGGAAAACUUGAUGUAUUAAUUCAUAGUCAAGAAAUGAAAGAACUUCAACGACAAUUAGAUCACGAUUCAAAGCUUCAAAACUUUUUAGGCGUCAAAGGACAAAAAAGGAUAAUGGCCGAUUUAGAAGCGAAACAAGUUUUGAAACAACAACAACAAAAAGAAGAAUUAGAAAAACAAAUAAAAAACUAUCAAUUAUUAUUAGAACAAAUAAGAAAAAUAACGGAAGAAUCAAACGUUGAUAAACUUUCGGCACAAUUUCUUAAACAAGAAGAAGAAAAUUUUGCACUUUUUAAUUACGUUAACGAAUUAAAUAACGAAUUGGAAAUACUUCACGAACAAGUUAAAGAAGUUGAAAAAAAUGUCCAUGAACAACAUAUAGCAAAUGAAGUAAAAGCAAAUGAGAAAAAAAUUGUCAUUCAAGGAUUGGAAGAAGAAUUAAAAAUAAAAAAAAACGAAUCGGAUAAAUUAUUAAAUAAAUUAAUGGAAACACGUUGUGCGAGUACAAAAUUAUUAAAAUCAAUUAAAAACGUUUAUGAAGUUUUAAGAAGUGAAAAUAAUGCAGUUCUUGAGCUUUUAGGUAAUAAAACGGAAGUGACGUCAUAUAACGUUUUCCUUUUUUUAGAAAUUAUAGAAAGGAGAUCAAAAGAACUUUCCAUAUUAUUAACAACAACAACAACAAAAAAUAAAUAA